AUGCUUUAAAGUAGUUAUCGAGAGGGAUUACAGCUGAAAAAUGCCUUAACUAACAUUGGGUCUAAUUAGUUGAAUCUCAAAUCGAUUUCUCAAGACACAAUUGAAGCAGAUAAAAUUAAAGAGAUAAAUGAGAAAACUAUUUUAACAAUAUCAAUCUCAACCAACUACAUGCUCAAUAGAAUGAGUAAGCGGUUUGAUUGUCUAAUUCCAAUCAAAAAGACUCAAUGCUAUCUAAUUGACGAAAUGGGAACAAAAGUAGAUUAGUUAUUUAAGAAAUUCAAUUUAUAAAUUAAUAAUGUGGAUUAUAUGAGUGACCAUAUCAAAAGAUUAACUGAAAAAGUAAAUUAGGAUAUCAAAAUAAGACAUUCGCAUUAUAAUUCUAACAUCAAAAUUUAAGAUUACAAAAAUUAUUCGCAAAUAUCCCAAGACCACUUCAAAAACAAGCAAACAUUCAACUCAUUCAGUAAUAUUGAAUAGAAAAGCAGAUGUCGACAAAGAACUAAAUUAGUUGAUAUCCUAAAAACAUCCCAUAGAAUAGAAAGACUGGUGACGAAUGAAUUUCAACUUAAUUAAUAUAAUGAGGUCAUUUUAGAAAAGCUAUUUAUUGAUCAUCAUUUAUAUUAGGUUCUGUAAGAAUUUAAUAAGAACAAAAAAAAUCCUUUGAUUUAUGAGAAACUAUUUAGAACCUUGGAAAAUUUCGAAACCCCUCACAAAGUGGAAAUGAAAUUGUUGGCAGAUCAAUUCAAAGACAUAACACAAAAUAAAACUCAUGAGGAUAUUUGCGAAAAAAUUAUCAGAAACACUGUAACUCAUCUAGAAAAUGAUAUGCUUAAAUAAAUUGGACAUAUUGACUUGUAAAAUUUAAAUAGAAAAUUUAAAGAAUAUUAUCUUCCGUAUUUGCAUGACAAUGAAAUAUAUUAAGUUGGAUAGUUUUAUCCAAGUGGUAUUCUCCUUGUAUUGAUGAGAUGCGGAAAAAUAAACGAAGCAGAGAAAAUACUCUAAACACUCAUUUCUAACGAUUAGAAUUUUGCCUAAUAAUUCUUAAGCUUCUUUGAUUUGGUUAACCUAAUUACAUAUUAAAAAAAAGUCAUCAAUCAAAAUGAUGUUGAAGAGAAAUAUAGGUAAUAAUGUUGUGAUAUCAUAUUGCAAUAAUGUUAUUGGUUAUUAAUGGAUGUAAGUGAAGCAUAUGAUGUUUUUGAGGAAACCAAGUUCCAAAAAGAUAAGGACUUUUUCUUUUGGAUGAUUUUGAAAACGGCUCACGUCUCCGAAAAUUAUAUUUAAUAUGAAAGAUAAGAGUAUGAAUCAAAAAAAUCAUUUCCUCAUUGGACUUUGGCAGAAUUACAUGAGGUCAUACCUUAAACAUCUGUUUGCCUAAGAACUAAUCUCUUUUUACAAAGGUAUGAUUACAUUUUGAAUGAAUUAUACAAAAUUCAAAAUUAGUGCCUUUCACAAAUUGAAUAUUUCAUUUUAAAUUCAGUGAUUACAACCCUUAACAUCAAAUCACAAAUUAAUUAAGAUAUUGAAAAAUAAACUAAAUGGAUAAUCGACAAUAUUGUAAAUUAUACUUAGAACAAAUAUCCUCUUAUUUCUUGUUUGAUUUUAAGUGUUGCUGAAUAUAAUACUGAGUCUAUUGCAAAUUUACUGUAAAGAAGCAAUCAUGUCUCUUAAGUAUUGAGCGAUAAAACCACAAAGGAGAACUUGGAAAGCAUUUUUGGACUUUAUCAAUUACUUAAAAUCAUAAAUGAAAUGGUUCAUCAGCAUUUUGAAAAAAACUUGCACUCUGCUCUGAAAGAUUUAUAAUAAUAAUUGGCUAUGGCCUCAACAAAAAAUUAAAUCAGUGACUGCUAAACUGCAAUAUUUUUGAAAUUAGAUGAAAUGAGCAAUUAUAUCAGACUAUUGCUUAAUUAAAACUAAGAAACUCUGAUAGAAACAGCUAUCUAUUUAUAUCAUGAAACCUAAUUUGUUUUGAUAAUAGCUAGCUUCAUAGUCAAUUAAUAUUAUAUUUCAUAGUUAGGUGUCAAAUAGGAUAAAGGAUAGCAUUUAGCUAGAAAUUUAGAGAUAUUACAUCCUAAAAUAAAGAGUUUAGCAAAGACUUUUAAAUAAUAUUAUUACUUGCAUAGAUUUUAAUUGAUUGAGAUAUUUUAAUUAACUUCUGCAUUAAUCAGAUAAGAUUAAAUCUCAUUAAAUGAAAUUAAUUCUAUGUUAGUCAAUAUAAAUGUGCGUGAACUAUCGAAAUGUUUAUUAGAUAAUAAGUAAGUGCAUUUAAUGAAGAUGGUUUUCUGCUAAAUUUUGUAUUUAAUUUAAGAGAAAAAAGAUCUUGAUAAAUCGCUAACAAUUGCCAAAAUAAAAGAAUUUAACGAGACUUUACUUAAAUAUCCUGUCUCCUAAGGGAUAAGAAUUUGUAAGUAGGAAGUUCAAUUUUCUUAGAGUAGUGUAGAUAUACUAAACAAUUAUUCAAAGAUAUUACAGAUAUAUUGA